GAAGAGUCAGUUUCCGCGCGCGAGAGCCAAGCCAAGAUUCUGGAGGCUUCCCGCGCUAGCUGCAAGUGGACAGCGUUGCUCCCGCACGCCACCACCACCACACCCACCCUUCCUUCCUUUCCUCGAUCGAUCGAUCCGCAACAUGGCCCGCGGCGGCGGCGGCGGCGGCGGCGCGGACGCCGACCUGUACGCCGUCCUCGGCCUCAGCAGGGAGUGCACCGACGCCGACCUCAGGCUCGCCUACCGCAAGCUCGCCAUGAUAUGGCAUCCGGACAGGUGCUCGGUGGCCGGCGGCAGCGCGAGCGCGGCGGGCGUCGACGAGGCCAAGGAGCGAUUCCAGGAGAUCCAGGGCGCCUACUCCGUGCUCUCCGACUCCAACAAGCGCUUCCUCUACGACGUCGGCGUCUACGACGGCAACGACGGCGACGACGACGACGACGAAGCAGAUCUGUCGGGGAUGGGCGAUUUCCUCGGCGAGAUGGCGCAGAUGAUGAGCCAGGCGACGCCUGCGGAGAGCUUCGAGGAGUUGCAGCAGCUGUUCGUGGACAUGUUCCAGGACGACAUCGACGCCGGCCUCUGCCAGUCGACGCCGCCGCCGCCGUCAUGGCCGUCGCCUCCGGCGGCCGCCAAUGCACGAUCGCCGGCGGCGGCGGCGACUUCACGCAAGGGCGUGAACAAGCGGUGCUCACCGGCGGCGAUGGACAUGGACUCCGGUUUGAGCAGCCUGCUGGGCAUUUCGGGCUUCUGUUUCGAGGCGCCAUGGACGUCGCAGGACGCGAGCACUGCCGCCGGCGGUGGCGGCGGCAAGAGGAGAAAGCAGAGGCCGCCGCCGGCGAGCCACAACGUGUAGUUGGAUGUUGAUCAGCCGAAGCAACGUACCAGAAGAAGAUUUUGAUUGCCCAGUGCUCGCCACGAAGACUGACAUUUUUUUCUUUUUCUUCAUUUGUUCUUUUUGUUCAUGGCUGUACUGUAAAUAGAGAACACGCUCCAGAAUUUGGUUGAACACACGGUGUAUAAUUAAUUUAGGAGUAAGAACAUGUUUCUAUUUGAUCAUUGAUCGUAAUGAGCUGAAUUUGUAGAUCUGGGGAACUCUUCCGAAACAGGAGUAGUGAGCUUCUACAGUGUC